CCGCACGGACGUGGAGGGACUCGCCUGAAUAAUGCAGCGUUUCGAGGCUACUGUUCGGCCAUUAAAACACUCCUCAAACUCGGCGCCGACGUCAACUUGGGGGUUCCAUCCAACCCCCACACGCCACUCCACAUCGCCUCUUGGGAAGGCCAUCGCGAUGCGGCUGUCCUGCUGCUCGACGCGGGCGCGCGGGUCGACGAUCGCGACGGGAAUGGCCGGACCGCGCUCCACAUCUCAGCCCGGAAAAAUCACUCCAAGUUUUGCAAGCUUCUGCUAAGUCGCGGCGCGUCGCUCGACGCGCGCGAU